CAGCAACGCUGAGCAAUCAGGCGUCCUAUUGCUUGGUUACCAGGCACGCCGAUGGGAUACCAGACCAACUAAAGCAAUUUCGGGAGUGUGAGCCAAGAAGACAUAUUGAAUGUCAAGAAGACCUUGAUUUUGAAACUUCAAGUCAGCAAACUUCAUGAAAUGGUGGAGAAAAUGACAUAACAGUGGCAGCGGAUAAACAACUACUAGCGACAGCCUAAAAAAACAUCAUCGCCAUUUUGCAAGACCCUGCGCAUGACGUAGAUGAAGUUGAUCAACUGGAGAUUGCACAUCCACUGCUCCUGAGCACUGAUAAAUUUAAUGCAAGUGCUACAGUGUCCACUAGUUUAUCAAUGAGAAUGCUGAUUUAGUGUCAGUUUCCAAACUUAGUUCCCUAAAAGUUGAAGAUCAACUUCAGUUCUGUGGAUGCUGCAGUGGAUCCACGCCAAACCCUUGUUGAGCGUCCUGUAGAUGAACACCGGACACUUCUCAAUCUGCUGAUGAUCAGCUCACAACUUUGUUGAAUUUACUCUGGAUCGUCGCCAAAAUCUGUUGACUGUAUAGUUGUCUGUCGACCAGCCGGUGCUGAUAAGAGGACAUGGGGGUCUUUGAUUUCUUUGCCAAGAUUUUUGGCAAUAGUGGCCGGAAGGCGCAGGUGUUGUGUGUCGGACUUGAUAACAGCGGCAAGAGCACGAUCAUCAAUGAACUCAAACCUAAAGAUACUCAAGCGGAGGACAUCGUCCCCACGAUCGGUUUCACGGUGGAGAAAUUCAAAUCGGCAUCGGUCAACUUCACAGUGUUUGACAUGUCGGGCCAAGGCAAAUACAGAAACCUGUGGGAGCACUACUACCGGGAAGCACAAGGCAUCAUCUUUGUGCUGGACAGCAGCGACAAAUUGAGAAUGGUGGUCGCUAAGGAGGAGAUGGAGCUACUUCUGAAGCAUAAAGAAAUUGCUUCAAGAUGCAUCCCGAUCCUCGUCUUUGCAAACAAGAUGGAUCUGAGGGACUCCAUCUCGUCCGUCCAAUGCUCCAAGAGCUUGGAGCUGGAGAAGAUCAAGGACAAACCCUGGCAUAUAUGCGCCAGCAACGCCCUGACGGGGGAGGGGCUUCACGAAGGCAUCGAGUGGCUCACGGAUAAAUUGAGACGGUGAUAAUGGACCACAGCAGACACGGUGAUACAUGGUGUGAGACACGGAUGAGAUUUUAUUCUUCACAGUAACAGAACACCGCGUGGUCUUAUUGCAAACACACUGUUCCAACUGGGUAAACCCUUCAAAUAGUUGUUCUCAUAGAGGAACAUCGACUGAUGCUUGUUAAAUCGAGAACCGCCCAUUUUAAUCUGAAACGCGGAAAUGCAGUCCGACAAGAACAGAAAUUUUCCUCAUUUUUGAAACACUCUCACUGCUAAAAAGAAGGGACCACAACGGUUUAAACAUCAGGACUCAAAUGCAAGACUUUGUCAAUAUUAAAAUUCUUUUUUUUUUAUGUACAAAGUUUUUUUUAAUGGUUUAAAUCCUUGCGUAGGUUCAAAAACACCAGCUUAUCAAUGGAAAUUUAUUUUUUUUGAAGAAAUUGAAACGUCUUUCCUGGCAAGGGGGGGGGGAGGUGGGAGGGACUGCAAGCAGUUAACUGUUAUUCGGAAAUAUGUUUACUCGUUUGGUAAAAUAUUUUUCAUAAUGUACCCAGCAGAUUUAGAGUGUUUGUGAAGUUCCCCAAUAUUCACCUCGAUAUACAUAUUUUGUUCCAUUGUUGCACUGCUCGCAUGCUAAUUUUGAGAUAAAUUUAUGCACAAAAAGUUGCAUUUAUAUUUACCUUACACUCUAGCCUUCGUUACAGUUUAGCUAAUGCAACACAGUCGUGUGUGAACAAAAUAAAAAAAAUAUAACUGUUAUAAAAAAAAGAAAACUUUUAUUGAUAUUUCACCAAGUGCCACAUUGUACAUUUGUAUCAUUUCUGUAUCGGCUGCACAAACAAGAUAUGUAGAAAACAGCGGCAAGAGCAUAGAGUAUAGUUUUGUGAAUCUUGUGACAAAAAAAUUAAUUAAUUGACAUCUUUAGAAAUAGAUUUCUUUGCAAGAAAAGAAGUAAUAAUUUAAUUGCUCUGCUUGAAUGACCAAAAGUUUGGGUGUUGAAAAUUUUGUUAAUAUUUUUUGGACCAUUAUAGAUUUGGCAGAAACAAAAUCAGCAUUGUAUCUUAACUAGCAUUGAAAUAAUUUCGACCAAAAAAAUAAGUUUGUAAAGCAUUUUAAACAACUUUAUCUCAAAUUUAUCAGAUAAGCAUCGUGUACUUACUAUUAAGUUUCUCUACUGCUUUUACAUGUCUCUCACAAAAAGGAGCAAAAGUUGGGAAUUAAAAUCCUUUCUUGUGGUUUUUCUUAUGAAAUUAAUUUAGUAAUAUAUUGUGCAAAUUUCCUGAAACGUUUUCUUAAGAUUGUCUCGUCCCUUUCUUUAAAGACUUGUUGAACAACUAUGCUGGAAUAUUUAAACAAGUUUUAUCACGGUAGAUCAGUAGGCCAACUUGUAAAAUGAGUGUAAAUAGUUUGAUCGUGAAAGUGAUUAAAAAGUUUAACAUUUUCCCCAAAAUUGCA